AGCGGCGUGCGGACAUGGGCUGGGGACGGCCGGCGAGACGUGCCCGGCAUGCGCAGGGUCCGCCAGCGGAUGCGAGGGCGACCGGCAGCGGCGACGCGCGGACGACGACUAGCAAGACGACGCGCGGCGGUGGGCGACGUGUAUGGGGCGGCACGAGAGAGGCAGCGCCCGUCGUGUCGUGCCUGGGCUGCGGCGGCGGCACGGCAUGGCACGAUUCGCCGACCGUGCCAAAUCGUGCCGUGCCCAAAUCAUGCCGUACCGAAUCGGGUUAUGGUCGUGUUGGGCUGGGCCGCCCAUUUGGCCAUCUAUAGUUCCAGGAGAUCCCAAAGGCUUUGGGCCAAAGCAAAUUGUACUUAGGGGUGGGCAGAAUAGCCGAAAUCCAAAAUCCGUACCCGAAAAACCCGAGCCCGAACCCGAAAAACCCGAGGCCGAAAAACCCGAAGUCUAAUUCAAGUUUUAACCAACGGUACCCGAAAUUAUUACAGUUAAUUCGGGUAUCUGACCACGGUACCCGAAAUUAUUAUGGAUAAUUCGGGUAUCUGAUCACGAUACCCGAACUAUCCGAAAAAUCCGAACACCCAAAAAUAUCAUUCAUUCCAGCCCACUCAGGGGGUGUUUAGUUCCCAAAAAAGUUUGUGCAGUACCCGUCACAUCGAAUUUUCGGACACAUGCAUGGAGCAUUAAAUGCAGUUGAAAAAAUAACUAAUUACAUAGUCUAACGGAUUCAUACGAGAUGAAUCUAAUGACGCUAAUUAAUUCAUGAUUGGACAUUAAUUUUCAAAUAACAACGAAAUGUGCUACAGUAUCCAAACUCAAACUUUUUCACCAACUAAACACUCCCUCAUAUUUCUAGCCCAGCCCACCAAACCCCUUCCUAACCCUAACCUUGCCAUGGCCAGCUCCCAUAGCCCCCACCCCAGCCCCCCACGCCACCCUCCUCGUCCUCUGUCCUUGCCGGCUCACCCCUUGACGGCCCGACUGCACCCACCCCGGCCGGCGGCCGCCACCCGACGCCCUCCUCAUCCUCUGUCCUCGCCCCUCGACGGCCCGACGCGGCGACGCCUCCGCCCCGCCCCCGCAGGUGGUGUAGUCGGCGCCGCCGCGCCGCCGACGCACCCGCCGGUCUUUGGGUCGGUCGAGCCGCCACCGCGGGGCACCCUAGCCGAGUCGCCGCCGCCACUCAGGCUGCAGCGCUGCAGUUUCGGAUACUUCGGGGUUACCCGAAUCCGAACACGAAUUUUCGGGUACCCGAAGUGUCGGGUUUUUAUUUUUUUUGGCAAAUUUCGGGUGUCAAAUCUCAAAACCCGAAAUUUCAAAAACUCGAAAAACCUGACCCAAAAUUUUCGGGCUACCUGAAUGCCCACCCCUGUUUGUACUCAUAGCUGACUCGGCCGACUCGGUCAUGGUUCCGGUGAUGUCCUGAAUCCAGCGACGGUUGACGACGGCCUGGGUGCCAUGUCAAACAGGGCCUAAAGCUGCAUUUGUCAUUCACCUUCUAACUCUAUCAAAUUCAGAGGAGGAUCCAGGUGAUAAGAAGAUUAUCGCAAUAUCCAAUCGAUGACACGUUUAGCUCGUUGAAUCGUAGGAGUAUAAUUUUGUCCUUCCGCUAGACCAACUACUCCCCUUCUUUUACUCCUACUCGCGUUCUGCAUGCAACAAAGAUGCCAACGAGUAAAAUCUGCACGGAUAUCAAUUUCAUAAACCCGUAUCCGCAUGCUAAAAUCCACGCCCGCGCCCGCGCCCGCAACCCGCAACGGGUAGGAAACGAAACCCAUACCCGCUAUCCGCGGAUACCCGCAUACCCGCGGGCACGCCCGUAUACCCGCAAAUUUUAGAAAAUCAAGCACACAAGCACAUUUUAAUAGUAUGCAAAUAUUAAUAUAUCAACGAAUGCACCUCUAUAUCUAAACACUAAUAAAUUAUACCCUAAUAAGCAACACGUCAACACCAUUUAUUUGAUGAAACAAAUAAAUCUUAGCAAAUAAAUGAACUAGUCUCAUACAUAAUACAUCACAAGAGUCAUUGUUUGCGGAUUUGCGGGUUUACGGAUUCGGGUAUCAAUUUUUCAAACCCGUUUGAAGAUAUUCGUUGGGUUUAGAGUUGUACCCGCGCCCGUGCCCGCGGACACAAACUCAAAUCCGUAUCCGCGCCCGUCGGGUUUGGUAUCCGCGGAUACGCGGAUAUUUCGUAGCCGUUGCCAUCCCUAAUGCAACCUUGCUAGCGCACCAAACCGCGUCAUCAGCGAAUUAAAAAAUGCCGGGGGAAUGCAACGCGCGCCUCGCACUCGGAGCUCCACCAACCCCUGCACGAGCUGCCAGAUCGGCGCCGAGGAAACGGCAAUGGACAAGACAACUCGUCGCGCGCGCCACCGACCCGAUCGAGUCCCAUUCCGGCUGCCACCAGCCCAUCAGACCAGGCCCAGGCCACCACCAUAACAGCCAGCGCCGCCUGCGGGCAAGCAGCGCGGACGAGGCGAUGGGGCAGGCGGCCAUGGGGCGGAAGCGCGCCGUGCUGGUGGGCAUCAACUACGUCGGCAGGGGCGACGACGAGCUCAAGGGCUGCCUCAACGACGUGGCCCGCAUGCGCCGCUGCCUCGUCGACCGCUUCGGCUUCGACGGCGCGGACAUCCGCGUGCUCGCCGACGCCGACCCGUCCACGCCGCCGCCCACGGGGGCCAACAUCCGGCGGGAGCUCGAGCGCCUCGUCGGGGACGCCCGCCCCGGGGACACGCUCUUCUUCCACUACAGCGGCCACGGCCUGCAGCUGCCCGCCGAGACCGGCGAGGACGACGACACCGGGUACGACGAGUGCAUCGUGCCCUGCGACGGCAACCUCAUCAAAGAUCAUGAUUUCAAGGAACUCGUGGCAAAGGUCCCUGAUGGCUGCCUCCUCACCAUAGUCUCCGACUCAUGCCACAGUGGAGGCCUGAUCGACAAGGCCAAGGAGCAGAUUGGGAACAGCACCAAGCAGAACAGAUCCCAGCAGACGGCGGAUCAGCAAGAAACGCGGCCGCCUUCCGGCACUUCCCUCCUAGGCACCAUCCACGACGUGUUCGAGUCGCUGAGCAACCACCUCCUUCGCUUCGGCUCCCAGCAGAGCGGCCACGGCCAGAGCAACGGAUCAACCGAGCUGGACAUGAAGGCAGAGCUCACCACCGUCACCGCACACGCCAGCGUAAAAAGCCGGUCGCUGCCUCUCUCGGCGUUCAUCGAGAUGCUCCGGGAGAACACCGGGGAGGACGACGUCGGCGUGGGCACGAUCCGGGCGACGCUGUUCCGCCACUUCGGCGACGACGCGAGCCCCAAGGUGAAGAAGUUCGUGCAGGCCAUGGCGGCAGGCAAGCUCCGGCGGCGCGACGGCAAGCUGCCGGAGGGAGGCGACGGGGGCCAGGUGGAAACUCUCAGCCGGGCCGCCUUGGCCUCGGGACAGGAGGCGCGCGGCGUCAAGGAGGUCUACGCCGGCACGGCGGCGAGCGUGCCCCUGCCUCGCAACGGCGUCCUGAUCAGCGGCUGCCAGACGGACCAGACCUCGGGGGACGCGACCACGGCGGAGGGCGUGUCCUACGGCUUGCUCAGCAACGCCAUCCGGACCAUCCUCGCCAGGAACAAGCACGGGGCGGUGACGAACAGGGAGCUGGUGCUCAAGGCGCGGGAGCUGCUGUCCAAGCAGGGGGCCACUGCUCAGCAGCCGGGGCUUUACUGCAGUGAUGAGCAUGCCAGUGCGCCUUUCAUAUGCUGAAGGCUGAAGCAUUGGUUGCCUCCUCCUGUAGACUGCAACCUCUGUACAAUGUGGCGACUACUCUUGUUGAACUUGAGAAUGGUACUCUCUAUGCAAAAAUUUCAUUCUUUGAUGAUCUAUUUAAUCAUGUAAUUGAUACGUUUGUUUUCAAGCUUUCUAAUACAGUAAAGAAAAAUGGCAAAAGUUGUUUCCCCUUUAGAUAA